AUGAACAUGAACCUAGACACAAUAUUUGGUAGAUACGUCUACAUCACAAUUUCUAUUUGUAUUCAUCUUGGUCCAUGGUUAACCAAUAUUAGCUAGUUUAUCUAUAUCAAUAUAUAGAUAAGGAGAGAACACAUUCCUCUCCUCAAAAUUUUCUCUCUUUUUUUUCUCUCCCGCACGAAAUUUUUGUCUAUUGUUCUGGUUCUUUAGGGUUUUGAGUGAAGAAAAUGGAGGGAGAUAAUAAUAUGGAGAAAGGAUUACUACUGACAAAUAAGGAAGAGACGGCAAGAACAACUCUGCUUCUUGUCUUCUCAACCUUCAUCAUUGUCUGCGCCUCUUUCACCUUUGGCGUUUCCGCGGGAUAUACUGCAGAUACAAUGUCCUCCAUUAUGACAGACUUGGAUCUUUCUCUAGCACAAUUUUCACUGUUUGGUUCACUCAUGACAUUUGGAGGAAUGAUCGGUGCUAUAUUCAGCGCCAAAGCUGCAUCUGCCUUGGGUAAUAAAAUGACGUUGUGGCUUGCCGAUUUAUUCUGCAUAACUGGUUGGGUUGCAAUUGCACUAGCCAAGGAUAUCGUUUUGCUCGAUUUAGGAAGAUUUUUUGUUGGAAUUGGAGUUGGUCUCAUUAGCUAUGUGGUUCCUGUAUAUGUUGCAGAGAUAACACCCAAGCAUAUUAGAGGCGCUUUUACAUUUAGCAAUCAGUUGUUGCAAAACUGUGGAGUAGCAAUCGCAUAUUACUUUGGAAAUUUCUUGUCAUGGAGAAGUCUAGCCUUAAUUGGUAUUAUUCCAUGUGGGAUACAAGUUAUUGGUUUGUUCUUCAUACCUGAGUCUCCAAGAUGGCUGGCGAAAAAAGGUCGCGAUGAAGAAGUUGAAGUUGUUCUUCAAAGAUUAAGGGGGAAAGGACACGAUAUUAUGUUUGAAGCUCGCGCAAUCAAGAUUUCCGUAGAAGUUUCAAAACAAAAUUCGAAUACCAGCAUUCGUAGUCUUUUCAGAAAGAGAUAUGCUCAUCAACUUACAAUCGGCAUAGGUUUGAUGCUUCUGCAACAAUUAUGUGGAAUGUCAGGAAUAGGCUCUUAUGGAAGCACUCUUUUUGAACUUGGCGGAUUUUCUGCUCGGAUUGGGAUGACGGUGUUGUCUCUUAUCGUCGUACCAAAAUCUUUAAUGGGUUUAAUCCUCGUGGAUCGCUGGGGGAGACGACCACUUCUUAUGGCUUCGGCAUUUGGGUUAUGCUUAAGCUGUAUUACAUUGGCGGUAGCUUUUGGAGUUAAAGAUGUUCCCGAGAUUCAAAACAUUACUCCAGUUUUCACUUUCAUCGGAAUAUUGUCAUUCACGAUGAUGUUUGCAUUUGGAAUGGGAGCGUUGCCAUGGGUUAUAAUGUCUGAGAUAUUUCCAAUGGAUAUAAAGGUGUUAGCAGGGAGUUUAGUGACCAUAGCCAAUUGGUUCACUGGUUGGAUUGCCAACUAUUGUUUCAAUUUUAUGUUGGUUUGGAGCCCAGCCGGAACUUUUAUUAUAUCAGCAAUAGUUUGUGGAGUAACAAUUGUAUUCACGUGGUGUUUGGUGCCAGAGACUCAAGGAUUAACUUUAGAAGAAAUCCAACUAUCAUUUGCUAGUACUUAAUUAAAAUCGUGGUCCCCCCUCCCCUGAGGACACCAGCAAGGACCUGCAAUAUUGUUGCUCUUAUACUUCUUGCUCCACACCUAUUCAUUCAUUUCAGUGCAAAGUUCCUACUUCCUAGACUUUGAUUGAAUUUAUUAUCUUCUUUUUGUAACGAAACAUGAUAUUAUUAUCUUUCUUUUGGAACUUCCAUAGAUAUUAUCAAAUAUCAUGAUAUUAUUGUUUUUUUU